GGUAAUGGAAGCGUAGUAGGAGGUCGUAAAAACCCGACAUGACAAAUGGAUGAAUUUGAGGAGCUAGGAGACGAGUUUCCUGAUAUACAUUCUUUAUUCCUGUACUACAACGACCUCUAUUUUGGAGGUGUUCUGCUUGGAAACACCACGGUGGAAUGGAGCAGUAGCCGGAUGACGCUGUGCGGAGGCAUCUGCAAGUAUCAUCCGCUAAUGGGGUGCCAGAUAAAGCUCAGCGAGCCCCUUCUCAAGCUACGUCCGGUGCGCGACAUGAAGAUGGUGCUGCUUCACGAGAUGAUCCACGCACACAACAUGACGCUUAAGAUCCGCGAUCCGGAUCCGGGCGGCCACGGCCCGCCCUUCCUGGAGCUCAUGAACAAAAUCAAUGUCAGCACCGUACCCGAUCCGCAGCGGCCGCCCGGCGGCUACAAGAUCACCACCACGCACUCCAUGAUCGGCGAGGUGGAGAACUACCGCACGCACUGGUGGGAGUGCGAGCGCUGCCGCAAGGUCAUCAAGCGCUCCAUGAACCGCCCGCCGCAGGAGGCGGACUGCAUAGGGUGCGUAGGGAUACCUGGGUUGGGUGUGCUGUUGGGCACAAAAGCCCUACAUCGCUAUACGCCGUACAUAGUAGAUGCAUAAGAGAUGGUCACACAGCGGCACCAGGCAGCUGCUGGCGCACGCACCUCCCCCCACCUCCCCCCCUCCGCCAGGCGCACCGGCAGCCGCGGGCCCAGCUGCCGCGACCCCAACUGCGGCUACCACACCCACAUCCGCCAGUGCGGCGGCGCAUUCAUCAAGGUGCGCGAGCCCGACCCCAAGAAGCCCACACGCAAGAAGUCACCCGCUAGGAAGCCCGGCAGCAGGCCAGCGCUGGCACCCGGGCAGCAACGCAUCGACAGCGUCGCAGCAGGCGCAGCGGGGGCUGCAGCAGCGGUUGCAGGGGCGGGUGCAGGGGCUACAGCGGGGCCUUCCGGCCGCGGCGCCAAGCGACCCGCGAGUGCACUGGCGGAAAAUAGGCAGGGGAAGCCGGCGCCUGGUGCCGGCGCCAGCGUGCCGAGCGGUGGACCGAGUGGGAGUCGAACUUCGGGGGCUUCUGGGUCGCAGCAGCCGACACGCUCGCAGCAGCCGACACAGCCGCGGCCGCACCACCACCCGCAGCAGCAACCGCUGGAGCGGCUGUGGGGGCAGGUCCGCGGAACCGCAGGCGGGUCAGGCGGGUCAGGAGGCGGGACGGACGCCGCGGGUGGCGGUAGCGGGGCGGCAGGGGCUCCCGGGAGUCCGGGGCGGCCGGGGAGCCAGCAGGCCGGCGGGUCGCGCCGCGAUCCCAACUUCCUGCCGCCCUCCGUUGGCAGCUUCCCGAGCCCCAAGACCCACAAACCAGCCCCUUCUGCGGCGCCGCCCGCCGCUCCUGCCCGGCCCCAGUCUGUGCCACCGGCCCAUCCAGGCCCGGAGGUACCGCUGGCAGCGCCCGCAGGGCCUGCCACAGCAGCAGGACCCUCCGGCUCUGGAGCACCCGCCGGUGCGGGUGCGGUCCAGGCAGGCGCUCCCUCGGCGGAGGAGCUCAGGCGGCGCUGUGCGGAGGCGGCGCUUGCCAGGCUGCAGGGCGCAGGCGGGUCGCGACAGCCCGGGUUGCCGACUGCGGGGGUGGGAGGAGCGGAGGCGGCGGUGAGUGAGGCAGCGGCAGCGAGGCGAGGAGGGCCGGCGUCGUCGUUGGCGGAGGGCGUUGGGGGCACGGCGGAAGGGAGUCUGGGCCAGAGAGCGGGUGGUGCUGCUUCUGCCGGACCGUCAAGCAGCGGGGCGGGUGACCGUCAGCAGCCCGGGCCUCUUGGGGGGAUACCACCUGCCCCGGGGUCUUCCGCGGCACCGGCGGUUGAGGUGGUUGAGCUGCUCGACGACGAUUCAGAUGAUGACAGCGACUUUGUAAUUGUGGCUUGAUAGCUGCGUCCAUUACGCAUUUCGGUUACUCGCGAUCCAGCGCCAACAGCAGGGUGAAGCAAGUUCGUAACGUACUGCACCUGCGCUGUACUUCGCCGGCGCUAUGAACUCCAAUGCAGUGUACGCUGUGCUUGCGGUGAAAUUGUUAACGCAACAGAUGCGUUGGCUAUGGCUGGAUGGUGUGCGGAAGCUUGGUCGGCCCUCGUCUAGCAAGGCGCAUCGGCUGAAACCUGUUGUACGGCGUUUCUCAAGUCCGACGACGACCAAACCAAGCUCAAAUGUCCUACACAUCUCCUUCGUGUGGAUCAUGAGCUAAACUCAAUCCCGCUAUGCUAUCUUUGGCACGUACCUUGUAACAGUUUGCAACGUCACGCUUCCAGCCCACUUAUCCGUGCUGCCGAAAUACUUUGUAUGGCUUUGCAUUUAUAACCAACAUGGCGCAAGUCGCUUUGACAUAGACGAAAGCUGUUAACUGAAGACCUUUCGUUAGGUCCAUCCGAGGUGGAAAUUACAGUCUGUUAAUGGACAAAGUCUUCUGAAUGUUUCUACAACUCUUUCGGAAACUUGGUGCUCGCCUGAAGGAGCAAUCGGCUGCACGGAAAUUAGAACGUGGAACGCUAUGCGGGAAGCAGGGGGCAGACGGCGAGCCUCCGGAAGCGAACUUGCAUUUAAGCAAGCCUGACUUGACCGUCGUCGCAUCGCACUCAGGACCAGACACAGGCGUUGCUGUUUAUAAGCAAUUUACGCCAGACCUCCAGGUGUCGUGGGAGGACCCCCUUGAUUGGGCCUAUGGCAUUUCCGUGUCCAUGUACGACCUGGGGCCAACGGGCCGCCGUAAUGGAGAGCCUGUGGCUGAUUGCUUCGGCAUUCUGGCCUAUCCGGAGGGGGCCGUCCUGGCGGUGGCGGAUGGCGUGAACUGGGGCGAGCCGCCCCGCCGUGCAGCGAGGUGUGCCGUACUCGGAUGCCUUAACCACAUGCACCACGCUCUAAAGCAACACGAGGGCGACUCCUCCCUGGACAGCCACACGGUGUUCCGGCACCUGGUGGACUCCAUAUCGGCCGCGCAGAAGCUCAUCCUGCAGCAGUUCGGCACCCUCACCACGCUGGUGGUGAGUGUAGUGCUGCCGCUCAAGUGGGUUCGCUCGCCGGGCCGGUGGGCCGCCAUCACGCUCACGGUGGGGGACAGCGCCGCCUACGUCUACCGGGCAGCCAGCAGGACGGUGGAGGAGGUCACGGCGGCGGCGCAUGCGGAUGGAGCACGCGACCCCCGCUGGUGCCCCGGUGCGCUGGGCUACGCCAUGGGCGAGGAGCCCGACCUGGCCAACAUGAUGCUGUGCCUCACAUUCCUGGACGAGGGGGACUUCAUUUUCCUCACCAGCGACGGAGUGGCCGACAACUUUGACCCCGUCAUCCGCAAGAUAGCGCGACACCAGGUGCUGGAGUCCACGGACAAUGACCUGCCCGCCCUCUCUCCGGCGGAGUGCCAGGCCAAAGCCAUGGACCUCCUGCGGGAGGUGCUGGUGGACGCAGACAGGCGCCUCUCAGCAGGAGCGUCCCGCACUCCCACAUCCAGCAAAUCGACCCACGGGUCAUCCACGCCCGCCACAUCCACACCUGCCACGCCCACGGCUGGUGACAAUGCUAGCAGCUCUGAACCCGCAGCAGCAGCUGACGGCGGCGAUAGGGGCACCGCAGCAGCCGGCUGCAACCACUGCCAUGUCGGUCUGGGUCGCGGCAGCCGCAGCGGCGGUAUGACAGCCCGGGGGCUGGCGGAGCAGCUGCUGCAGCAUGUGUACGAGGUGACGACGGAGCAGCGGCAGCAUGUGGAGGCGCGCAGCCGCGAGCGGGAGCGGGAGCGGGGGCUGUCGCGAGGGGAGGGGCCGUGUCUGAGCACGGACGGCAAGCACGGGGGGCUGAUGGGGCUGGCGCCGUCUGCGAGGCCGCCGGGGAAGAUGGACCAUGCGACGGUGGCGGCGUAUCAGGUGGGUCGUCGGAAGCCCAAUGAGGUGGCCCGCAGCCGCGCCCGCCUGGAGAAGCUGCGGCAGCAGCAGCAGCAGGAGGGCGCGCAGCUGCUGCCCUUCCUAGCAGCGCAGGCGGCCUCGCAGCAGCCGCCCGGACGGCAGACCUCGCCGCAAACCACCUUCACCACCACGUCUGCGGGGUCUGGGUCUGGAUCUGCUCGGUCGUCUGGUUCGGGAGCGGG